GUCACCAGUCACGCUCCCGGCCCAUCUGUCACGGGACGUCUUAGUUCGGUGUUAUUAAUUAUUAUGCCGGAGCGCGACCCGGUAUGUUCCGUUCCCCGCAGUUGCCUGAAAAUAAGAAAAGUGGUGACAAUGAGUAUGUUCACGUGCGGUGCCUUGUCGCGAACAUUCAUAAACCCAAAAAUGUGUCUAGGCCGCCGACGUGCCCCGAUUCUCCCCUGGAGUCGUCGCUUCGAGAGGAGAGUCCGUCAUCGAUGAGAGAAUGCAGUCCGUCCGUGUCGGAGAUAUCUGAUGUAACCGAGAGAUCUGAGAAUUCUGAAGGUGAACAGUUUAAGGAGAGUCAUGAGAUCCCGACACGCCGUGUGAAGAGUAACAGCAUAGCUGGGGGUUACCUGAUGCCGCCGUCAUCGCAGCACAACAAACGGAGACGACCGACAUUCUUGCAUUUGAACGUCGGCGGUGGCCACGAUCUUCUGGGCCCUUUCUCUGCAGGCACGCACCUCAACUUGCCCCGGUUCACGGUCACUGCACCCCCUGGGGAAGGACGGCGGCUCAGCCAUGGGUUUCCGUUCCACGGCUUCGCACUGCGACGGCACUCAAACACGAGCCUUCACCGCAGCGAGUCGAUGGUUUCACUGGCCUGCUUCAAGACGCUCACCCAGCUGCUGAACAAUGAUGGAAACGAGCUGCAGAACUACCUCGCUGCCAAUAAAAACAUUAACAUCGACGACAGAGAUGAGAACGGCACAACAGCUCUCAUGUGCGGUGCAGAGAGAGGCAGCGUGGAAGGCGUGCGGCUGUUACUGGGUGCGGGCGCGGACCCGUGCGCCGCGGACGCCGACGGCUGGAGCCCGCUCGCGUUCGCGGCCAAGGGCGGCCAUCUUGCUGUAGUGAAGGAGCUUCUCGACGCGGGCGCGCUCGUCGACUCCAGAGAUUGCGGAAACUGGACUCCUUUAAUGUGGGCUUCUUAUAAAGGCCACGAGGAAAUAGUCGCAAUCCUGUUGGAAAAAGGUGCCGAUGUUCAUGCCCACGGCAAUUUUAAUAUAAACUCUCUAGUAUGGGCGGCGGGGCGGAAGCACAGUGGCGUGGUCCAGCGGCUCCUGGCGGCGGGUGCGCGGCCCAACUCGUGUGACAAGUACGGCACGUCGGCGCUCACGUGGGCCGCGCGCGCCGGCGACACGCUCGCCAGCGGCGCGCUGCUGCGGGCCGGAGCUGACGCCAACAACGCCGGCAUGUACUGCUGGACGCCGCUGCUGCAGGCCACGCAAGGUAACCAUUUUGAAAUAGUUCAAAUGCUUCUAGAGCAUAAGCCAAAUGUGAAUGCACUAGACAAGGACGGGUGCACAGCGCUCGCUAUCGCAUGUAAGGAAGGCUACUACGAGAUCGCGUUAGCUUUGAUUAACUCUGGGGCUUACAUCAACGUACAGGACCACUCAAAAGACACACCCCUCAUAUACGCUGUGAAGGGCGGCUACAAGAAUAUAGUGGAGGCUCUGUUGAAGAAGCACGUGGAUGUGGAUUUGGCCGGCAAAGAGAAGAAGACUCCAGUCUACACGGCGGUUGAGAAGGGUCAUGUGGCGAUACUCAAGCUGCUUCUGGCUUCAAACCCUGACUUGGAACUGUCUUCUAUCAAUGGAGACACGGCGUUGGUCCGCGCUGUCCGCUCCCGGAACGCGGAGAUGGUGUCGCUGCUGCUGGAGCGGAAGGCGCGUGUGUCGGUGGCGGACAACCGCGGAGACACAGCGCUGCACAUCGCCAUGAGGGCCAGGUCUAAGCAAAUUGUAGAGAUACUCCUUCGUAACCCGAAGAACAGCCAGCUGCUGUACAAGCCGAACAAGCAGAACGAGACGCCGUACAACAUCGACAUGAGCUACAACAAGACCAUCCUGGGACAGAUCUUCGGCGCCCGCAAGCUGAACACCAACGAAGACAACGAGAACAUGCUGGGCUACGAGCUGUACAGCGCUGCCUUGGCCGACAUGCUGUCUGAGCCCAGCUUGUCGGUGCCCAUCACGGUGGGCCUGUUCGCGCGCUGGGGCUCCGGGAAGUCGUUUUUGCUCAAUAAAUUAAAAGAGGAGAUGAAGAACUUCGCCCGGCAGUGGAGCGAGACGGGCUGGUCAUGGUCCUGGGCGGUGUGGUGGAGCACCUGGCACGCGGCGCUCGCGGUCGCGGCUCUGAGUGCGGCACUCGGCGCUCCGCCCUACGUCGCUCUCGCACUCUGCUUCGGACUGUUCCUGGCGCUCUCGCUGGCCUUCUACUCGCUGUGGUACAUCGGACACAGAUACGAAUGGUGGUGGGCGGGAGGCGUGUUGUCUGCGAUGGGCAAGAGGUUCAACUCGCUGCUGCUGGUGCUGCAAGUGGUGUUCUGUCACCCUCCCGGUCCAGAGGAUCCUCGGGCUUUGCCUGCCACUCCCAUAAGAUUUCACUUUACGGAGGGCAUGAAGAGUGGUGGAGGUCCGGAGAGCGAGGCACUCGUUGUGCAGAUGCUCGGCAGUUUAUCAGAAGCGCUGGAGUGCCAGUACGGGCCCGUGAGUACACGACUUGCGCGCGCCUUGCGACCACGCCCUGUCGCGCCCACGUCUGGAUGGAGAUGGCGCCGAGCGUGCUGCAUCCCACAUAUAAUAACAUUCGAAGUCAGCUUCACAUGCCUACUACUAGGGCUCUGUAUACUUGUCAUCUACUUCACCGACGUAAACGCCGAUAAAUCGCGGCGUGACAUCCAGCAGGGGCUCAUGAUCGGCGCCUGCGCCCUGGGCGGCGCGCUGCUGGUGGCCAACGUGUGCUCGGCCGGCCGCGCGCUCGCCGCCCUGGCGCUGGCGCCGCGCGCGCGUCUGGCCCGCAUCGCACGGCGCGCCGCCCGCGACCACCGCGCGCACCUGCUGGCGCUGCGGCCCGAGGUGCAGGCGCUCACGCACACGGUGAGCUGUCUGGACGCGUUCACCGGUCAGCAGACACGUCUAGUGGUGGUGGUGGACGCUCUCGACAGCUGCGAGCAGGAAAAAGUUUUAGCGCUGCUGAACGCGAUACACGCACUGUGCUCCGACCCCAAGAGCCCCUUCAUCUUGCUACUCGCUAUAGAUCCACACAUAAUCAGUAAGAUUGCUUGGAUGGAGGUCAGUUGUAAGGUUGAUGGAAUACUUGUACUUGUGUCUGUGGUCGCUUAUUAGAGUUCCAUAUUGUGG